UUUUUUGGGGGCCUCUUCUCGUCCAUGGGCCCAGUGGGGAAGGAGAGUUUUGACCAGUGCAGUUUUGGGGGGCAUUGCGACUCUUACUUGGGGGACCUGGCCGGAAACCACCAGUCCACCGGUGCGACCGAGUACGAGUACAGUUUCACGCUCGAGCCGAUCGGGUCUUUAGUGAACCACUUCUUGCCUGUGGGAUCUGACGAGAAGGACUUUUUCACCCGGUGCAUGUCUUCCGAAUUACCUCGAGCGCAUGGGGAUCCGCUCUAUGGAGGUGGAGGGAAGGGAGGCAGCAGGACUCGCAAGCGCCUGCGUACCGAAAACACCAUGAAGUCGCAGCUCUCCGCGCUGGCCACCGCCGUCGCAGAGCUCCAGACCAAGCUCACGGGCCAGGCCACCGCCCCGACGGUCCAGCCCCGAGCCAAAGCCAAGGCCGAGCCGAGGAGGAGGAGGGAGCCCACCGAGCUCCUCAUUCUCACCCGCUUGCGCAGCCUUCUCGGGCAGAUCGAGAACGGCGGCAAGAUCAACGGCAAGCCGAUCACCCAAGCCCAGGUCGUAAACAAGUUGCGCGAGGUCCUCGCAACUUUUUCGAUUAAUGUUCCUGCCUGGGACUCUCUGGAGACCCCAGGGGGUGCGAGCCCUUCGAGCCCGGCGAAGCAGCGCCUGGUCAACGAACCGUGGGGUACGACCAAGAUCAUCGCAGCCUCGACGGCGAAGACUUCCAUGGAGACGGAGACGGCGCCGCUCGUCGUGCUCGCGCUCUCCGCCGCCGAAUACGAGGCCAAUGACCGAGUCCGGAAGGCCAUGGGCAACCGGACCGACAUCACUACGUUCGUCCUUGACCCCCAGGGGCCCGAGGUCGUCCUGGUGGAGGGGCCGAAAGGCCCCGUCAAGAUGAAAGUUCAGAUCUACUUUGCGGGAGACCAAGCGCCCCGGCGCACGAAUCUGCAUGCGAAGAUGACGGACGACAGCCCAAUUGCUCCUGAGAAGCUUACUUUGGCCACCUUCCGUAUCACGGUGGUGGAGGAGUUUGCCGCGGAAGCGAUCUACCAGCAAGCCAAGAACGAGCCUCACACCAUCCUUGCAGCGGUCCUUGGCGAUUCUGCUGCGGAGAAGGUCCUUCGCACGCGUGGUGCGAUCAGCUACGAGUCGGAGGCCGCCUGCGUGGUGACUGUCCCGACAUGCCACGCCGACGCGAUCAAGCAGGUUACCCCACCGGUCGGUUGCUUCGUGAUGCCCCAGAGCUCCAAGGAGGUGCCGAAGUGGUUCAGCCGCAGAGACGACGAGGAGGGCGAGGCUCAUUGCACCCGCGUCAGCCAGCUGGUGCACGGCAGGCGCGGGGCUCUCCUUUAUCGACCCCACCACAAAGCUCAGCUAGGAGUAGUCAGCUCUAUCGCGACUGCGCCGGGAGCUGCAGAGCUGACGAAGUGGUUCGUCAAGCACGCGCCUCCGAAUUGGCUCGCGCCAACAGAGAUGAUGGAAUGGGCCACUGGGCGCGGCUUCCUCCGCGUUGCCCAGGCCAGUCGAGCAGGGCCGCGCGCCUGGGCGUUUUUCGCGGACGCCCCGGACGGAGUGCCCGCCACUACUUUCAGCUUCUCCUCUGGCAUGGUGGUCACGCGAGCCCUGGCCCGCACCGGCACCAAGCCGACGAAAGCCAAAGAUGACGAAGGGGGGCCAGCUCGCAACCGCUGGGGCGCCCCGAAGCCUACGCCACAGGCCGAGCCCCCGGAGCAGUUCCCCGAGGAGGAGGGGCCGCCAGCUGCGCCCUCAGGCGGAGCGGCUGCCGCCGCCGACACGGGGUCAACAUGGGGGGCAAGAAACCUGCGGCAGCGCCUGCCCAAGGCGAGCCUGAUGCGCAGCGCCGCAGAGGCCAAGACGGCGGUCCCCCCGACCGCCCGGGCCCCUCCGGCGAAGGACUUCGAGCCCGAGGGGCGGCUGCAGGGUGCUCUCCGGCUCCCGGCGCAGUCGCUGGCCCUCAAGAAGAAGUUCAAUGCCGCAGCGCAGGAUGCGGAGGCCAUUGGCCUCACAGGCCAAGGAAAUGUGGCUGAAGCUCACCACUACGAGUGGCUGGACCCGAAGGAGGGCGUCACCGAUCUGGCUGAGUUCAAGAGCACACUGAAGCUCUGGAGGGGCAAUGCCUUCCCCUACCCCGCCGUGGGGCUCCAAGGGAAAGGUUUGGACGAGGACGCCAUGUCCCUGCUGGGCCUCUCCCUCAGCGCUGCUGGUCCUGCUGGCGCUGGUUCUGCUGGCGCUGGCCGCGCACAGUCAGCCAAGGCUAAGACCGCUGAUCCUGUGUGCUCCAAGGGCGCUGCGAGCGUGCUGGGGCUUCAGGGCGAGUUCAAGGGGAUGAUGGAAGGGCUGGACCUGGACUACGCGGCCAGGGAUUGCUACAAGUGCACGCGUGGGUGGCCAGCACCUUGGCUCUUUCAGGGGCGCACGGCCGCGCAGAGGCUCAGCGCAGCCACCAAGCACUGGCGGGAAUGCCAAGGCAUGCCGCCCCCCAAGAUCACCAAGAUGGCGCACUCCGCCAUCGGCAAGUUCAUGGCCAACGCGCCGCACAUCCGCGAGAACAAGCGCAAGCGGCAGUUGGCCGGCAUCCACCAGUGGAUCGCCAAGUUGCCAGUGAAGGUGCGCGCCGGCGUCUGCGACCUUAACCCGGCGUCCGUCACGGACAUGCCGCGCGCCUAUGGUGUGAAGACGGGGCAUCGGUGCCUCCGCUGCGGCAUUGUUCGCGAAGCGAGCCACCUAGCCUGGGCCCCGUGCUCCAAACGACCGGCGUCUCUCACGCGCCUCCAGUACCUGACGAGCACUGUCGGCCGCACGAGGGCCAAGCGCAUCCUGGACCUCGAGACCAGGAGGCGGAAAAAGUGGCGUGCUACCCCCGAGUGCAAGUCGGCGGCGGCGCAGCAGCAGCGGCAGGAUAAGUGGGAGCAGUACGCCGCCAGGGCCGACGUCGCGCAGUCCCGGAGGCUGCUCAACAAGGCCAUGCACAAGAAGAAACGCACCAGGGCGGCGGACAAGAACGCGCGCAAUGCGCGCCGCCGGGCCCUGAAGCAGCAGAAGCGGGUGCCGGCCGCAAGCUUGCUCAUCGCGAUGCUAGCGGUCCAUGUUGGGCCGCCAGGGCCUCUCACCUUCCUGAGUGGCCUGGCCGGGAACAUGCCCAAGCAGGUGCGCAUGCUGGACGUGCACCUCGACGGGCACAUGCCGUUCUUCGAGCUGGACCGGGGCGCCUCCCUCGCGGGGUACCGAGCUGGGAACAUGGCCAAGCAGGUGCGCAUGCUGGACGUGCACCUCGAAGGGCUGAUGCCGUUUUUUGUGUUGGACCGGGGCGCCUCCCUCGCGAGGUACCUGGCCGGGAACGCGUUGGCAGGGAUGUCUUUCCUGCAGCCCCGCGCGCUAGAUGGGCCCAUCGACUUUGUCACAGUCUUCCUCUUGCUGGGCCGGGUCGUCGUCUUCGCGGAGGCGUUGGCCGAGAUGUGUUUCCAGCAGGUGCGCACGCUCGAGGUGCCCAUCGACUUUGUCACGGUCCUCCUCCUCCUGAGCCGGGUCGUCGUCUUCGCGGCGGCGUUGGCCGAGAUCUGUUCCCAGCAGGUUCGCGUGCUAGAUGCACCCAUCGACCUUUUCAGGAUCUUCUUGCUGGGCUGGGUCGCCUCCCUCUCGGAGGCGCUGGCCGGGUUGGUUCCCCAGCGGAUCCGCAUGCUAGAUGUGCCCGUCUUUCUUUUCAAGAUCUUCAUCUUGCUGGGCCAGGUCGUCUUCCUUUCGGAGGCGCUGGCCGGGUUGUCUUUCCAGCAGGUGCGCGCGCUCGAGGUUCCCAUCGACUUUGUCGCGGUCUUCCCCCUGCUGAUCCGGGCCGUCGCCUUCGCGGCGGCGUUGGCCGAGAUCUGUUUCAAGCAGGUCUGCAUGCUAGAUGUGCCCAUCGACCUUUUCAAGAUCUUCUUGCUGGGCCGGGUCGUCUUCCUCUCGGAGGCGCUGGCCGGGUUGCUUUUCCAGCAGGUGCGCGCGCUCGAGGUGCCCAUCGACUUUGUCGCGGUCCUCCUCCUACUGAGCCGGGUCGUCGUCUUCGCGGCGGCGUUGGCCGAGAUCGAUUUCCAGCAGGUCUGCAUGCUAGAUGUGCCCAUCGACCUUUUCAAGAUCUUGCUGGGUCGGGUCCUCUUCCUCGCGGCGGCGCUGGCCGGGAUGUAUUUCCAGCAGGUGUGCGCGCUAGAGGUGCCCAUCGACGUUUUCACGAUGUUCUUGUUGCUGAGCCGGGUCGUGUUCCUCGUGGAGGCGCUGACCAGGAUCUGUUUUCAGCAGGUGCGCGUGCUGGACGUGCUCAUCGAUGUUUUCGCGGUCUUCCUCUCCCUGAGGCGGGCCGUCUUCUCUACGGAGGUUCUGGCCGGGACCAUGUUCUGGCAGGUCCUCGACGUCUUCAUGGUCCUCUCGGAGGUUCUGGCCAGGCGGGGCGAGACCUCCGGAGCGACGGAGAGCAAGUCGUUCGCUAAUGCACCGGGUCCCUGCUCACGCUUCUUGCAGGUGGCGACGCUCAACGUCACCGCGCUGCGGAAGGACCGGUCGGGGACCAUCCUGGGCCACCAGGCCCUGAAGCACGUGGACGUCCUGCUCCUCCAGGAGGUCCGCCUGGCCUCGAGCACCCCGGGCUGGGUGAUUUCGACGGCCCUCAGAUACGGGUGGCGGGCAGCUUGCUCUACGCCGCCAAACCGGAACGCGAAGGGCGUCCUCAUGCAGGGUGGGGCGGCCAUUUUCUGGAAACCAUCUUUGGGACAGGCCGCAGUACGCCGUGGCUCCCACCGCUACGUGGCGAUCCGUGUGGCUUGCGGCACCUUUGUCAGUGCCCAUGGGCCCGCUAGCUGUGCGUCGGUGCCCUGGAUGGAGGAGCAGCGCGUCUACGACGGCGUCGACAUGUGCGAGGCCCAAAGCACCACAGUUAUGAACACAGCUCCCACGCGCGCCCUGGCCAAGGGCGCUGCUCUCAUGCAGUUGUCGUCGCAGUUCGUGGAGGGCAUCCCCUACCACGCCCUGGUUACUUACCAAGUUGGCGUGCUCCACGCCCCCAGGACAUCCAAGCCCUUGAAGCUGAAGUACGGCAGCGUCUACCUGUCCUGCCCCGCGCCGACCCUCUUCUUGAGCGAUGGCAUCGAUGGCACGCGCGAGCAGAGCUUGCUAUGCAGGUUGGAGUCACCCAAGGGCGGUCUCUUGGAUCAAUUUGUACGUGAAUGCCUGCGUGGAUACAUCGACGUCGACGGCUCGGGCGUCCCAUCCUACGGCAGAGCACAUGACCUAGUGUCUAAAUCAAUCAUUCGCGAGCAAGGCCGGCUCCAGAAGCAGGUCUUGAGCGACUGGAAGCAGCUGCUCAAAACCUUCACCCCUGAAGCUUGGAAGGCGGCCUCCGGGGCCCUCAAGCCAAGCGGGGAGUGCCCAAGUUUCACAGCAAACGACAUGGCCAAGGAGUGGAAGCAGAUCUGGUGCCCACCCAGCACUUUCGACGGCAAGCAGUGUGCAGAGCAGUGGAAAUGGUACGCGUCCCAGAUGCGCGAGCCGCUUCCCACUUCUACGUGUCCAGCAGAUUGGGUUCCCACUUAUGCUGAUUUUGUGAAGGCGGUGAAGAAGGGCAAAGGGGGUGCCGGCUACGACGGCUGGCAUUCUUCCGAGCUCAAGCUCAUGGCCUCCCAGCUCGAGUUCUUUGUGCGGGAAUUGUAUGACCUUUGGUGCGACACCUGCUUCUUCCUCGCGGAGGCUGGCCUUGCUUCGGAGGAGGGUAUCAAGUUCGGGCGCCAAGACGCCCUGCGAGAACUUCAACGGCUGCUCUUCUGCUGGCGCGUCGUCGGCGCGCCGAGAAAGGUUGGGCUCGCUGCGCUGCACAAGUCGGGCACGCCCCAGCUGGUCACUGCCGUGGCCCACGCUGCGUGGACGGGGCCCCGCAUAUGCCAAGUUGCAGGGGGGCUCGCUGACGAAGAAAUCUGGCCGACGCGCAGCUUGGCCCAGGGCGAUAGCUGCGCGCCAAGAGUCUUAUGCGAGGUCCUCUCGCCGUGGACUACGCACGGCACGAAGUUCCUCUUCAUGGAUGACCGGUCGCUGGUCUGCUCUUCCGAGGCGCAGCUCGACUCCGACAUCCAGAGCACGAACGAGUUCGACACUGGCACCGGUGCCAUCGAGAACGAGUCCAAGCGGCAGCACUGGGUGCGCGGCCGAGGCGAAGCCAUCGAGCACGUGGGCAUUCUAGAUGUACCUGAUGACCCAGACGUGGACAUCACGCCGGGGGCUGGUUUGUCCAAGCUCCACAAGCGCCUCGAAGCCAUCCGGGGCCUCCCAGGAUCAGCCGCGACCAGAUCGCGCGCUGUGGGCGCAGAUGCGAAGCCCCUGCGGCUGUGGUGCUGCCCUGUUUUCUCCCUGGCGCCGCCCCAGGCCACGGGCGAGGUGAUGAGGGCCGUCUUACGGACGAAACGCACGUGGUGGUGCAAGGGGCGCUUCUGGGCCCUCAACUUCAACCUGCACCCAGUAUUUACCGCG